AUGCAUAACAAGAGUCAUCUGCAGCUUAUCAUGGAUUAUGACAACAACACAUGGCCUGAAGUUUCGUUGCAUCUGUUCCCUGUACCUCUUCUCACAGGUGUCACUGUCAUUUGUUUGCUCCUCUUCAUGAUCGGGAUUCUAGGAAAUGUGACGACGAUGCUGGUGGUCUUCAAGUUCCGGGACAUGAGGACGACCACUAACUUGUACCUCUCCAGCAUGGCUUUCUCGGAUCUCUUGAUCUUCCUUUGCAUGCCCCUAGACCUUUUCCGCCUCUGGCAGUAUCGGCCCUGGAACUUUGGGGAUCUUCUCUGCAAGCUCUUCCAAUUUGUUAGUGAGUGUUGCACGUACUCAACCAUACUUAACAUCACAGCCUUGAGUGUGGAGAGAUAUUUUGCUGUCUGCUUUCCAUUCUGGGCCAAGGUGGUGAUCACCAAAAGCAAAGUCAAGCUCCUUAUCCUUGUGCUCUGGGCAGUAUCUUUUGUCAGUGCUGGACCCAUCUUUGUUUUGGUUGGAGUUGAGCAUGAGAAUGGGACAAAUCCUCUGGACACCAAUGAAUGUCGAACCACAGAGUAUGCUAUUCAUUCAGGGUUGCUGACCAUUAUGGUGUGGACCUCUAGUGUCUUCUUUUUCCUGCCUGUUUUUUGCUUGACUGUUCUCUACAGCCUUAUUGUGAGAAAGCUUUGGAAGAGAAAGAAGAAGGACAUUGGGCCAAGGACCUCCAUCAGGGACAAGUACAACAGACAAACAGUAAAAAUGCUAGCGGUGGUGGUUUUUGCUUUUGUCCUCUGCUGGCUGCCCUUCCACAUAGGACGCUAUCUCUUUUCCAAGUCCUUCGAGGUGGGAUCCUUGGAUAUCGCCAUCAUCAGCCAAUACUGCAACAUAGUGUCCUUUGUUCUCUUCUACCUAAGCGCAGCCAUCAACCCAAUCCUGUACAACAUCAUGUCAAAGAAAUACCGAAAAGCAGCUUACAGGCUCUUUGGAAUCAAGCCACCAAGGAAGAAAAGGUUCUUGGUGAUGAAGGAGAGAAGAUGCCACACUUGGACGGAGUCCAGGAUCAGAGCAAUGUGA